AUGGACCAAACCUCACAACCUUCUUCUUCAGCCACGGUCCGGCUCGGUGGUCGAGCCAUCGACCGUCAUAACCCAAUCAUACGUGACGGUCGAAGACUUACUCCUCCUCCUUCUCCAAACCCUAAUUCUCCUUCUUCUUCUUCCUCUUCUACUUAUCAUACUCCUCUUAGGACUAGGUUAGGUCUAGAGAGCAGUGAGCAAAAACGUGUUGCCAAGAGGAAGAGCAAGAAAAGUGAACGUGACGGUGGUAAGUCGCCGAUUGGUUGUUUUAGCAGUGACACUCCUCAAGGUUCUUCAAGGUACUUAUUGAGCAACCCGGUUUUCUUUGAUGGGUUUGUGGAUUCUGACCCGAUUCCAUUACCUAUUGAACCGGAGAUAACCACAGCUGAUGAUGGUUUGGAUAAAAUUCAUGAAGACAGACUCAUAAUAAACGCUUCCAAGUAUCUUUCAUCUUCGUUUUCUUUCUUGGAGAAGAAGCAACCCGAUUUCUUCGACGGGUUCUUGGAUCAUGACCUGGUUAUGUCUCCGGAUAAUCCUUUCUCUAAACCCACAAAAGCUUCUCCGACAUCAUCUCAUAGCUCUUUUGAAGACAAAGAUGGUUCGUCUCCGGAUUUCAAAUUCUCUCCUCCACAACCUCCACCUCCUCCUCCUCCCCUUUCCCCACCGCCACCGGAGAAUAACACAUCUUCCGAUCAAGUGGUUGUUUUGAGAGUGUCACUUCACUGCAAAGGCUGUGCAGGGAAAGUCAAGAAACAUCUUUCGAAGUUGAAAGGAGUAACGUCGUUUAACAUAGACUUCGCUGCAAAGAAGGUUACCGUGACGGGAGAUGUAACGCCGUUAACUGUGCUGGCGAGUAUUUCAAAAGUUAAAAACGCACAGUUUUGGCCUGAGAUUAUUCAGAAGUAA